AUGAACUGCAGCGAGAGCCAGCGGCUGCGCACCCUCCUCAGCCGCCUGCUGCUCGAGCUGCACCACCGGGGCAACGCCAGCGGCCUGGGCGCCGGCCCCGGCCCGAGCAUGGGCAUGGGGGUCGUGCCCGACCCGUUCGUGGGCCGCGAGGCGACCAGCGCCAAGGGCGACGACGCCUAUCUCUACAUCCUGCUCAUCAUGAUCUUCUACGCCUGCCUGGCCGGAGGCCUCAUCCUGGCCUACACCCGCUCCCGCAAGCUCGUCGAGGCCAAGGACGAGCCGGCCCAGGCCUGCGCGGCGCACGAGUGGGCCGCCGCCGACGCCGAGACUGCCGCCGGCUCGCCGGCCCACGGCCGCCGCCAGCUCGCCCCCGGGGCGCCGCCCGCCCCUGCCCAGGGCACCGAGGGGGUCUAG